AUGUAUUUAAUGUAUUAUCCAGACAAAGAUGGAAAACGUAAAUAUACUCUUCAGAAAGUCACGGAUUCAGGAAAGAAAACAUUGUCAGCACAUCCUUCAAGAUUUUCACCAGAUGAUAAAUAUUCACGACAUAGGAUUACAUUAAAAAAGAGAUUCGGUUUAUAUCUAGCACAACUUCGUAAACCAUCAGUUAGUUUUGGAUACAAUGUUGACGAUUUUUAG